GCCUUUACGGCAGACGCUGCUCACACGUGUUGACAGUCGUCGGUGGUCGAUAGCAACCAGCUGGACGGAUUCAGGGAACAUGUCUUUUAGAGGAGGUGGACGAGGCGGUGGAAGAGGUGGAGGCUUCAACAGAGGUGGAGGAUUCAGAGGCGGUGGUGGAGGAUUCGGACGGGGAGGUGGGAGAGGAGGUUACAACAGACAGCAGGACUUCGGUCCUCCGGAGUACGUCGUCGCGCUUGGAGAGUUCAUGCACCCGUGUGAAGAUGACAUUGUGUGUAAAUGUACAACGGAGGAAAACAAAGUUCCAUAUUUCAAUGCUCCCGUGUAUUUGGAAAACAAGGAGCAGAUCGGAAAAGUGGACGAGAUAUUCGGCCAACUGAGGGAAUUUUAUUUUUCAGUCAAACUCACAGAAAACAUGAAGGCGUCGUCAUUCAAGAAGCUGCAAAAGUUUUACAUCGAUCCCAUGAAGCUCCUCCCGUUACAAAGAUUCCUUCCUAGGCCGCCAGGAGAAAAGGGGCCUCCAAGAGGAGGCAGAGGGAGAGGUGGUGGUCGUGGAGGUGGUCGUGGAGGCGGCUUUCGAGGCGGCAGAGGCGGAGGGGGUCGCGGCGGAGGUUUUGGAGGAGGCCGUGGAGGAGGAGGAUUUGGAGGUGGACGUGGUGGAGGAGGCUUCAGAGGAAGAGGAGGUGGUGGAGGACGUGGAUUCAGAGGUGGAAGAUGAUCAGACUCUGAGCUGGAGUGGACGCCUCGUCAUCGUCAUCGUUGCGCUCUGUGAGAUCCUGACCAGAAAGACUCGGACUCGCUUUAUGAACUUCAAUGUUUUUUUUUCUUGAUUUACUUUUGUACCAGUUUUGGAUAAGUAAUUAAUUUUAACUAUUUAAUUUUAAAGGUUAAAUUGUGUGUUUGUUUAGGACAUGGAGAAGUCAUUUUUGUCCAUGUUGGAGCAUUGAUGAGUCAGUUAAACAUAAAAAAACUUUUUAUACUCAUUUAAGCUAGAAUAUGUGACAUUUUUAAAUUACAGGUGCAGGAAACCCAGUCACAAACCCCCACUAACGGCUUUCUUUAGCUGCGUAAGGCGUUUUAUCACUCAAGUUGUAAU